AUGCCGGAAGCGCCCAGAGACAUUUACACUGCCAGUUGCAACCCCCCUAGACGCGCAAAGCGCAGUAACGUACCUACUGUCUCUUCCAAAGCCACCGCUACUGCCAGUGACGGAGAGUCUCAGCCGGCAAACUCUUCUCAUUCACAGCUUCGUGCUAUUCUUCCGAUGAAGCCUUACACCCCUAGGGAAAGUGCAACAAAGGAAUCGCUCGAGCCUCCUCCCCCACCUGCCAAACGUGGUCGUAAGCCAGGGCCCCUUUCUCGCUCUGCUCGAGAAGCACAACGCCGGCUCAAUCAUUCUAUAAUCGAGAAAGCCAGGCGCACAAAAAUUAAUGAUGCUUUAGCCACUCUCAAGCAGCUGGUGCCAAUAAAUUACGGGCAGCUUCAGAAACCGACAGUGGCUUCUGACGAAGAGGGAGACGACGACGACGAGUACGAGGGUGGCACUGCCAAGGCAAAAUCUAGGGGCAAAAACAACGAACCCAAACCCUCGGGAAAGAAGGAAGAGAAGGAAUUCAAGCUCGAGAUCCUUGUGAGGACCGUGGCUUUCCUCCAGGAUCUUCUUGGGCGCGUUGCUGCCUUGGAAGCCUCAGCCAUGACUGCAACUUCUACACCAAUGCCCAUGCCUUCGCCCCCAGCGCCAGCUCGGUCAGUCUCUCCAAACAUGACAAACCUUUGGCCCGCAUGUCCAAAAUGUGGGACUGGACUUGGCUCUGUAUCUCAGCCCAAGAAACGGAAAGGUCUUCACAUCGACGACGAAGAGGUUGCUCAUGAUUCAUGCCGACCAAGUCAGCCUGAGCAACAAUAUGAUUCCGACAAGUCCAUUCGACAGUCUAAAAUCCCUCGUCGGUCAGACUCGGGGACAGCUGCUGAUGAUAAUCCGUCUGUCUCAUCACCUUGUAGAGAGCCAGAUGACUUUAUUCCUGUCUCUGUCUCUGUGGCCAUCGCUGAUCCUGGGGCUUCUGGGCCAUCUUCAGCCGAGUACAGCCCACACCAUCGAUCCCACUCGGACAACCGCUUUUUGCCCCCCAAUGAAUCUUCCGAACGCCUCCCUCCUAUCUCCUCAUGGAUGCCUGACAUAGUCCCCAACAACGCUAGUAUAGAUCCGCAGCUAUUCCCACCUCGUACUCGUUCGCACUCCUCGUCGGCUUCUCCACUCACUCUCCACCCAUCCCCCGUCCCAAAGUCAUAUCUGCCCUCUCCGCCUGCAUCUAUCCACUUUGAUACCGUUCGUUCAUCUACAAUCCCACCGCAGUUAAAUCUCGGUCCCGUUGCCACCUCCUCAAUGGUUGGGUCCACUGUUGGAUCCGGAUUUUCGAGCACAGGGAUCGACAGUAACGCAUCCGUCGCCCGCUCCAGGUCGGAAUCGACCAGCAUCCGGACACCGGAGGAUGAGUCGGCAGCAUCAUUGCUCUUGCAAAUAAGCACGUCGCCCACUUUUCGGCCUGUCUCAUCGUCGUCGUCGGAUCUAGGUGCGCCAGCGGACCCAUCGCGGUUCUGGCUACACUCUUCCAGUGACGUACGAUCGCAGCCGCCAGUAGGCUCGCAUUCAGGAUCGAUUUCUAACCGCGGUGGUGAAAGGCAGGGACAGAAAUCCCAUAGUCAAGCAGAAGCUCAAACUCCAUCUUCUCUUCUAGGGUUGAGCCAUAUCUUGCACAACAAUCGAUAG